ACGCGUCCACCAACGCUAACAGCCGUCCCCUAGAUCAACGUACCUGCCUGCCGCCCCAUCACAGCGAACCUUACACAUGCAUUUAUGAUGCAUUUAUCAGCCUCUGCAUUUCUGUCUCUCUGCUCUAGUGUAUUAUCCAACAUCCAGCUGACCGCUAAUUCUAAUAAUGUGCUGAUUGAUGAUGCGGUUUGUCUCAACGAAGAUGUACAGCGUACCCUUAGCCCGUAGUGAAGUGCACCGGCGCACAAACUGCCGAUGCUGCCGAUAGUUCAGUUGACAGUGAAUAGUGGAAUAGGAUUGUUCGCGCCGAGACACAUUUAGUCGGCAAAGAAGAGCGAAAAUGAUCGUUACGUGUAGCACCGUAGUACUGCUGUUAUCCGGAUUAACGGCUAUAGCGGCUGGUGAGCUCCCGAAACCAUUCGUUUGUGCGGCUCAGAUGGAAAUUAAUAGCACUGAAGCUGCAUUAAAAAAUGCCCUAUUUUGUGGGACAAGCUACAACCCGCGUUAUCGGCCAGUGAAGUAUCAGCAAGAUCGACUUGCAAUGUACAUCGGGGCUGAAGUAAUCAAUGUCGAAAAGGUGCGCAAUUACGAUUCUAGGCUGGAGAUAACGCUAGAGCUGCUGAUGCAAUGGUACGACGCUUUUCUACACUGGAACAAGCGUACGAGUGGCAAUAUAGAAACGAUUAAUGUAGCUGAGCAAGACCUCUGGACGCCAACAUUUGCAGCAAAAUCGUUUCAACGAUCGCCUCGCAUCCAAAACACUAAACAGUGUACCCGUGUCAAGUGCCAUCUUAGCUACGAUGGAGAAGUUAUCUAUACGGUGCUGUGUACAUUCACGGUCGACUGUUACACCGAGGCAAGAUACUGGGCAUUCGAUACGAAGAUUUGUACGCUGCGUAUUUAUUCCGUCGAGUACGAUACCAACCAAUUGUCGCUGUUUCACUUCCAACGCCGCCUCUCGUACCCGAGCUAUUCGCUGUUGCCGUACAAAAUUACCUCGUUUCAGAUGGCCACUGUUAACAGCACGAUGAGUCCCGAGUUUCGCAUGGAUAUUGUCAUCGAGCGAUUAGUUGGUUCGCAUUUGGUCGUUUUUCUCGUACUGAUCGUCAUGUUUUGUUUCCUGAACUUGUUUAGUCUCUGGUUUAGCAUCGACACUAGCGCUCGAACGAUCGCCGUCGUCCUGGGUACCGUGAUGCAAGGUAUGUUUCUUGUUAUCCUCUACUGGUACGGCAUGGUGAAGAUGAAACCAGUUAUCACUUUGGCACACCUGCUUCUUGGUUCGUUUGCUCUCGGCGUUAUUGCUUUCGGAUGGACGUAUUAUGCAAGAGGUCAGAUUACCUCCCGCAAGGGAUGCACUGAGUGUCCGCUAGCGGUAAUUCAGACCAUAAGCUGUUUAAGAAAAAAUCGACCAUUAACAUCGUUCUUGUCCAUCGGAUAUCUAAACGGAAGCAUCAAGAAAGACACAUUAUCCCCUGAAUGGGAAGAUAACUUACCGGAAGCGAAUAGGCAAACACAGGUACGUAAUCUACCACAGGAUGACGAUACGGCUUCCACCACAAACGACGAUAGUGAUGUUACGUGGCAGGACAUGGUGCAGCCAGUGGAUCGCAUCCUGUUCUGUGCCAUGCUUACGAUGUAUCUGCUGAUGUUCAUCGUGUAUGUGUUCUAGCAAGUUGUUCAUUCGAACACUCUCUCGCCGUACAAUAAUCAAGAACAUACAAUAUUAGCGUAUUCAUCGCUUUAUCGCAAGCAAAGACUAAUAAAAACACGAUGAAUGCGAAAAACAAA